UGGGUACUUGUGGAAUUUAAAUUUAAAAAAUGCAUUGCCGCAGCGGAGAUUUGAACCGGGAACCUAUGGCGUGUCGGGUGUGUGACACUUCCACUAGGCUAUCGAGGUAAUUGUAGUUUGAUGCGCGAAAGUAUCUUUUAUGCGUACAAAAAAGUUAUUUAUAGAAUCUUUUGGUAUGUUUGCCUCUGCCUCAUGCUGCAGCGAUGAAUAUUUUUUGAAUUGAAUUUUAAUCCUAUCUUAGCCUACAUUGACAUUUCUUGAUAUCUUAUCUGUACUGCAUCGUUGGUGGGUGUCUUGAUGCUCACACGUAUGGUGGAUGUGCUGACGUAUAUGCGUACAAAAAAGUUAUUUAUAGAAUCUUUUGGUAUGUUUGCCGAGUAGUUGCUGGUUGUGAAAAAUGUAUUUGUGUGUGGUUUCUAAAGAAGAAAUUUGGUUACAUAUUUGAUUUAAAGGGGAUAUUGAUGCAUUGAGAAAAAAGAAGAACAUUUGGAUUGUAUGUAGCUCGAUAUGGGAGAAUUAAAAAAUACAUUGCCGCAGCGGAGAUUUGAACCGGGAACCUAUGGCGUGUCGGGUGUGUGACACUUCCACUAGGCUAUCGAGGUAAUUGUAGUUUGAUGCGCGAAAGUAUCUUUUAUGCGUACAAAAAAGUUAUUUAUAGAAUCUUUUGGUAUGUUUGCCUCUGCCUCAUGCUGCAGCGAUGAAUAUUUUUUGAAUUGAAUUUUAAUCCUAUCUUAGCCUACAUUGACAUUUCUUGAUAUCUUAUCUGUACUGCAUCGUUGGUGGGUGUCUUGAUGCUCACACGUAUGGUGGAUGUGCUGACGUAUAUGCGUACAAAAAAGUUAUUUAUAGAAUCUUUUGGUAUGUUUGCCGAGUAGUUGCUGGUUGUGAAAAAUGUAUUUGUGUGUGGUUUCUAAAGAAGAAAUUUGGUUACAUAUUUGAUUUAAAGGGGAUAUUGAUGCAUUGAGAAAAAAGAAGAACAUUUGGAUUGUAUGUAGCUCGAUAUUGGAGAAUUAAAAAAUACAUUGCCGCGGCGGAGAUUUGAACCGGGAACCUAUGGCGUGUCGGGUGUGUGACACUUGCACUAGGCUAUCAGAGUAGUUGUAGUUUGAUGCGUGUAAAGCAUAUUUAUGCUUACAAAAAAGUUAUUUAUAGAAUCUUUUGGUAUUUUUGGCGAGUAGUUGCUGGUUGAGUUAUUUAUAGAAUCGUUUGGUAUGUUUGCCGAGUAGUUGCUGGUUGUGGAAAAUGUAUUUGUGUGUGGUUUCUAAAAAAGAAAUUUGGUUACAUAUUUGAUUCAAAGGGGAUGUUGAUGCAUUGAGAAAAAAGAAGAACAUUUGGAUUGUAUCAAGCUUGAUAUUGGAGUGUAAAUUAAAGGGCGAAGCAGCAGACGCAUCGGAAUAUGAUCAAUUGAAAAAUGCAUUUGUGCCGCCGUCGCCGCGUGCUGCAGCGAUGAAUAUCUUUUUAAUUGAAUCUUAAUCCUAUCAUAGCCUACAUUGACAUUUUUUUUGAUUUCUUAUCUGUAAUGCAUCGUUGGAGGCGGUCUGGAUACUCCCACGUAUGGUGGAUGUGCUGACGUAUAGAAAUUGGUUAUGUGCUAACUGUUUGUGUUCUUUUAAAACUGUUUAUCAAUAUGGAUUGGAUUGGAUAUCAAUGUGUGAUGAGGAUGACUGCUGGAUGUUUACUUUUGAUUUUAAUGAAAUUGUUUGUUAACUCUUCCCUCCUUAAAAUGUGAACGUCUAAUUGAAUCAUAAUCCUAUCUUAGCCUACAUUGACAUUUUUUUUUGAUUUCUUAUCUGUACUGCAUCGUUGGUGGCGGUCUGCAUACUCCCACGUAUGGUGGAUGUGCUGACGUAUAGUAAUUGGUUAUGUGCUAACUGUUUGUGUUCUUUUUAAAACUGUUUAUCAAUAUGAACUGGAUAUCAAUAUGUGAUGAGGAUGACUGUUGGAUGUUUACUUUUUGAUUUUAAUUAAAUUGUUUCUUAACUUAUAUUUUGAUUAUGAGUACUCUUGAAUAUGUCACAGUGAUCAAGAAUCGUUCUGUUUUGGAUUAUAUGUUUGAAAUCUUGGACUCGCCUGUAGGAUCACAAACCAUAAACAAAUUAUAUUGGUUUUCUAAGAUUAGAGUGGGGAUGACAAAGAAAUUUUGAGGAAAGGAACUUAGUAUAAAGAGUAGAGCAUUUUCAAAGUAAAAAAUUAUUCUUUUGAAUACGUUCAAGUGCAACACUUCAUUUUUUGAAUUUAUAAAGUCAUUUAAAAAAAAUGUCAGGAUUUUUAAGUAAACUCAAGUCUAAGGUGUCGACCAUUAAACCUAAAAAGGUCUUAGCCCCAAAGAGGAAAAUCUAUAAAAGGCUAGUCCAGCUGGAGCUGAAGAAGAAGUAUAACAUCGUUCGGGCCUUUAGGCGGGAAUCGGAAUAUGGCCCCUCCAUCAUGCUGGAGUUGGAGGACUUUGAGGUUUACCUCCCAAAAAGGUGUAACAGCCAAAUGGAUGAUGGUGACAUAGAGGGGUUGGCUAAUUUAGCCUUUGAAGUUGUGGCCCCAUAUGGCCACAACUCAUUUCAUAUAGAUUUCCACGAGAAGGAAAAUAAGAAGCAAGAGCCAUCAAAGGAACAAGAACGACAACAACCCUCAACAACCCCCGAAAAUCAGCAAAUUAAACAGCAACUACAACAACAGCAAGAAGCCAUAGCAGCCACGACAACCCCUAUUGAGGAACAAGAACAGCCACAAAUGUUCUCUUCUGAAGAGGUAAUCUUCAGCUUCAAUGACUACUAUGAUAGUCAAAAAAAUUUGUAUAACUCACAACAAAAAAUUUUAAAAAAGAAAAAAUAAUAAAUUACAAAUAUUCCAAAAAAUAAC